CCGGCGGCGCGGCGCGGUGCAGUGCAGGCCGGGAGCGCGGGUGUCAUGGCGCCGCGGUGAAGCGUCCCGCUGCCGGGCUGCGGUGAAAGGUGAACGUUGCGUUGGGUUGAGGCCGCUCGUCAUGUCGGGCCUGAACAAGUCGGUGGAGCUGCAGCUGCAGGUGCGGCACCAGAGCGAGGAGCUGCGGGACUUCAUGCGGGAGCUGGACGGCUGGGAGAAGGACAUCAAGAAGAAGGACGAGGAUCUCCGGCGGCAGGGCGGCGCGGCGCCGGCUCCAGAACAGGCUUUACCACCUGUAAGAAAUCGAGACUAUAAGACAAAGACAAAUAAAAAGCACGCGUCUCAGAACAAUAAGAAGAAUGAAGAAAAUAAAUCUACGAGGAUAAAAUCUUAUGAUUAUAAAUCUUGGGAAAAGUUUGAUGUGGACAAAGUACUGGACGAUAUGGAUAAAAAUGACAGCACUCCAGAGCCCGAUACAGAAGAGGAAAUAGAUGUUGAGAAAGCUCUUGCUGAGAAAGAAAAGGGCAACGAUUACUUCAAAGAUGGAAAAUAUGAUGAAGCAAUGGAAUGUUACACCAGAGCUAUGACAAUGGAUCCUUAUAAUCCAGUAUUCCCUACAAAUCGUGCCGCAACUUUCUUAAAAAGAAAAAAGUAUGGUGUGGCGGAAUCAGACUGUAAUUUGGCAAUUGCACUGGACAUGUCCUUCUGGAAAGCAUAUCUUCGACGAGGCGCAGCUCGUUUUAACCUGAAUAAAUUGCAGGGUGCAAAAGAAGAUUUUGAAAUGGUGCUAAACUUGGAUGCUGGAAACUUUGAAGCUACCAAUGAACUCAGAAAAGUAAACGAGGCUUUAGCACCAAAAGAGUGCAAUGAAGAUCAAAAUCAAUCAAACAAUGAAAAGAUGGAAGACGGUGAGAAGAAGAGAGUGACUGAAGCACAAGCGAAACAAGAAGCCAUUUUUGAGAAAGACUUGGGCAAUGAUUACUUUAAGCAAGGCAAGUAUUUAGAAGCAAUUGAAUGCUACACCAGAGGGAUAACAGCAGAUGGCACCAAUGCACUUUUACCAGCUAACCGGGCCAUGGCUUUGCUAAAACUUGAAAAGUUUGCAGAGGCAGAAGCUGACUGUAGCCAAGCGAUCUCGCUGGAUAAUACUUAUUCCAAAGCAUUCGCAAGAAGAGGAACAGCCCGUCUGUGCCUUGGAAAGAUGAUGGAAGCCAAAGAAGAUUUUGAAAUUGUAUUGAGGCUGGAACCAGGAAACAAGCAAGCUAUAUCUGAAGUUGGAAAAAUAAACAAGGAAUUGACUUUGCAAGGGGACACAAUAUGCCACGUAUCUUCAGGAGAGAAAGGGGAUGCUCCAAGGCUAGUCAAAGCAAUUGAUAAGCCACCUCAUCUAAGAUCUACCAAACCACUAAUAAGAAUUGCAAUCGAAGAAGUUGGUGAUAAGAUGAGCAAUGUUAAGAACAUGCCAGCUGCAGUCUCCUGUUCAUCUGAUCUACCUACAAAGCAGACAUCUGAAUUACCAACUCCUGAAGCUCCCAGUGCUAAAAUCCUUAAAAUUGAAGAAUGUGGUGACUCUCCAUUAAUUUCUAGCGAGUGCGGAUAUUCUUGUGUACCAGACGAGCAACUUCACAAAGGUGACGCUAGUGUUCGAAUGAACUCCGUAGAAGUGAAAAAACCUGAAGCCCCUUUCUCUUCCUAUUCUGUAACCAUUCCUCGUGCCCCUACCAACUCCUUCCAGCUCGAAGCAGACCUCCGUAAAUUGAAAAAUUAUCCAGACAUGGUCCAUAAGUAUUUAAAGCAAAUUGAGCCCUCUUUUUAUCCACAAUUGUUUGAAACGUCUUUGGAACCUGACAUUCUGAAUCACAUUUUAAGAAUCCUUCAUGGCUCGUACAUCAGGUUUGAAGAAUCUUCCCUUAUUUUUGAUAUCCUGCAGAACUUAUCAAAUGUAAGACGAUUUGAUAUGGCAGUAAUGUUUAUGUCACAUCCUGAACGAAAAGUUGUAAAAGAAUUAUUUGAUCACCUACAGAAAUCUGGUGUUGAAGAAACGUCAUUGAUAGCAUUGAAGAGCAGAUACAAUGUGUGAAAGAUUAUUUUGAUUUAGCCAAGGCAACUGUAAUUUUGUAUACUUCCUUCGUUAGCUGCUGCUUGAACAUAAGGUAAUCACAUUUGUACGAUGUACCAUUGGAUCUAUGUACAAAAUGUUUCCCCAUGAUCUCUUACAUGAAUACUCUUGCGUCUUGGUUGGUAUUGCUAAAGAUAUUCCCACUGAGCAGUCAUAGGGAGAUGGGUUUUUGGUAUGUUUUCCUUAAGUCUAGCUGAGACUGAGAAACCUUGUCUAAGGGAAGUGCUGUGAUACUUAAGAGAAGUAAUUGAUGGGAGAUAGAUUGGGUGGCUGAGCUAAGGAGUCACAUUUUGCUGUAAGGAAAAUUUCAAUUCACUGUUUUUUUUACAAUUUAAUUUUUCUUUGGCAAAUUAAAUCCAAUGUUGAUUUAUUUUUUCUGUUUGUGUGUGUUCUUGCAUUGUUUUUCGAAGUGUUUGAGAGAUUUUAUUUAAAUCCGUUGCUAAUAAAGUAUGUCAACAAUUUUUGUCCAAUU